AUGUGCCCGAACAACGAGGGUAUGACAGAUACAGGAAGGACCAAGAUUGUGAACGCUCAUAACUACAGAAGGGGUCUGCUUGCAAGGGGUCUCAUACGGAAUGGGAAAAAUCCACAUAACAGAAAUCUUCCGAAAGCGUAUAACAUGCCGAGAGUUAAGUACAACUGCUCAGUUGAAGCGAGUGCGAUAGGAUAUGCGAGCCUAUGCGCGAUGGUGAAAUCAAUGGAAACAGCUAGGCCAGGUUAUGGGGAAAACAUCUACAUCUAUAAUCACACAUCAGGCAAUCCAGUUGAUAUAUUUGAUGCGGUAAGUCCGGAUGACUUGAACUAUCAAUAG